CCUGGGUAUAUAAAUGGCCCCUUUCAUCGCCUAAGGUUCUGUACUUGGCCUCAUCAGUGGUUCUUGCUGGAAGCAAAAGUUGAGUGAUCAUGGGCGCCUUGGAUCAUCUGUCCCGUCUGUGUAACUUCACACAUACAAGGGAAGCCAUCAGGAUCAAGAAAAGGCGGCCACUGACGACGGUGAACAUCAAGGUGAAGAUGGACUGUGAUGGCUGCGAGAGGAGGGUCAAGAACGCCGUCAAAUCGAUUCGGGGUGUAACGACGGUGGUGGUGAAUCGCAAGAUCAACAAGGUGACGGUGACGGGGUACGUGGAGCCUCGCAAGGUGCUGGCGAGGGUGAAGAGAACUGGGAAGACGACGGCGGAUAUGUGGCCGUACGUGCCCUACACGGUGGCCACCUACCCCUACGUCGGCGGCUCCUACGACAAGAAGGCGCCGGCGGGCCUGGUCCGCAACGUGCCGCAGGCCAUGGCCGACCCAGCCGCGCCGGAGGUCAAGUACAUGAACAUGUUCAACGACGAGGACGUUACCGCUUGCACCGUCAUGUGAUUCGAUCAUAUCAUAUUAGCAUCUGCACUCCGGCCAUCUGCACCCAGCCACGACGACAUGCCGAGAUUACUACUGUAGAUAUAUCGGUGUUCUCGCAGCGCUGGGGAAGAAUGAUACCAAGAAGAUGAGCUUGUGCAUGUACGGUACUGAUGGAUGAUGUACUCCAAAUUAAGAGCCAUAAUUCGGAACGAUGCCCAUGCUCAUCUACUACACCUGGGUGAACAGUCAAUUAAAAAUAAUAAUAGUAAAUUCAAAAAACAUCUACUUCUUUUAGAAAUCCAAGAUGCUCAUGUGCGCGGAAAAUUUCAGGGUGUUCGGACAUUUGAUGAGCGAACAAAAAAAAAUCAGCUAUGAACAGUAUUCUUUUUCAAAGUUUCUUA